AUGGGCAGCCCUUUGUUUAGUGCACUGGGGGCUUCCACACCAAAACCUUUUGAAGGCAUAUGUGAUCUGUGGCUCUGCUGGCCCUCCGAGACCAAAGCGUGCCCUCUCACCCUCCCCAAGACGAAGCCGUGCCCCGUCCCCGUCCCCCUCACUUCGUCCAGCCUCCCAAAACCAUUCAGGGAACCAGGGUUUACAGGUGAGAUAGGCACCUUGAAAUAGCCUGACUGAUUGAAUGAAUGAAUGAAUGGAUGGACUUUGACUCCAGCUCAAAUGUAAACAUGUAUUCCUCCAAUGAGGAUAUUAGCUGUGUAUUGGCACAUCUACCUCCACAGCUGAAGGUUUUUGAUAACAAAGAGACGCAUAUUAUUCAUCUUCCAUUUUCCUCCAAAUGUGGCUGAGCAUGUCUUGUGUACUCUCUGUUUCCAGUAAGGACCAUGUUGAACAUAAAUGUCUCUCUCUCGCUCUGACCUGCUGUUUCGACCUUGAUUCUCAGAAUGCCUGGUUAUGAAAAGCCAACUGGCAUUAACUGUAAGGGUUGGUGUGAGGUGUGACCCAGGUGCGGUGCAGGAUAGACAGUAGGCAGAGAUGGUGAAACAAGGAUAUUUACUGGUGGUCCCAAAACCAGGAUACAAAAUAACAGACUUGUCAAGAUAAAAUAAAGGAGGAGCAAAUUGGUCUCCAAAAACAGGCUGACAGGAAACAUACGAAAUAAUAACUACGACUGAAAACAACAAUGAAACGGAGAACACUUCUCAAGUACCUGUACAUACGUCUCGCGAUCAGACACUGAUUAGUACAAUUUGGCAUCGAGAAACUAGCAGAGAAAACAGAGCAAGGGAACAAAGGGAAGUGAAAUACACAGGUGAACAGGUAGACACAGGUGACACCAAUAGGAUAAUGAUUAGUCCAGACUGUGAGUGAGGAGGUGCCUAAGGUUAUCGGAGGAUGACACCUAGUGGGUCGCUCCGGAACUGCAACCCCCUCCUGCACCUCAGCACCCGCUCCAGAUCCUGGUUGACGCGCUCCGUCUGCCCAUUCGACUGGGGAUGGAAGCCGGAAGACAAGCUGAUGGAGGCGCCGAGGCAGGUGGCGAACGCCUUCCAGAACCUGGAGGCGAAUUGAGGACCCUGAUCUGACACCACAUCUUGGGGAAGGCCGUGGACCCGGAAAACGUGCUGCACCACCAACUUAGCUGUCUCCCAAGCCGACGGGAGUUUGAGAAGGGAAAUGAAGUGGGCAGCCUUUGAAAACCGAUCCACAACGACCAGGAUGACUGUGUAUCCAUCAGAGGGGGGUAGGGCGGAAAUGAAAUCCAGCGAGAUGUGGGACCAGGGGCGCUUGGGGAAAGGCAGGGGUCGGAGCAGCCCUGCCGCGGGCUGACGUGAGCUCUUCGUGCGCGCACACACCGGGCAAGCCGCCACGAAGGCGCGCAUAUCCCUCUCAGCUGAUGGCCACGAGAACCUCCUACGCAGGAACUCCAACGUCCUGGCGCCCCCCGGAUGGCUGGUGAGGUCGGACGUGUGCGUCCACUGAAGCAGUCGCGAGCGCGCAGCCUUGGGUACGUACAUCCUCCCCGAUGGACCUCCGCCGUAGCGCUGCUCUGACCAGCCUAUCGAUUCCCCACGAAACUGGGGCAGCAAUCAGGGCAUUUGGGACAAUGGGGUUGUCCCUCUCCACCAGGUCCACAGGGCCGAACUGCCGGGAGAGCGCGUCUGGCUUGGUGUUCUUUGACCCCGGACGCUAUGAGAUUGUGAACCGGAACCUGGUGAAGAACAACGCCCACCUGGCCUGGCGCAAGUUGAGCCUCUUGGCCCCCUGAAUGUAGGCUUAGUUCUUAUGGUCAGUCCAUACGACGAAUGGAUGGGUGGCCCCAUCUAGCCAAUGCCUCCACUCCCCCAUGGCGAGCUUGACCGCUAGCAGCUCAUGGUUCCCCACGUCGUAAUUCCACUCCGCCGGGGAUAGCCGACGGGAGAAAAACGCGCAGGGGUUGCUCCCACCACAACGUCUGAAGCAUCCACCUCCACAAUGAAUGGCAGGGACAGAUCAGGAUGCCCUAGGACCGGGGCGAUGUAAAACAGCGCUUAAGCACAUCAAAUGUGUUCCCUGCUUCCAGGAUCCAGGCGAAGGGGCGCACGCUCGUGUGGGCUGUCAGGGGAGCGGCUAGGGAGCUAAAAUUGCGAAUAAAUAGCCUAUAAAAAUUAGCAAAACAUAAAAACCGUUGUAGUUGCUUGAGGGAUGAGGGCUUGGGCCAAUCCAGUACCGCGCUGACCUUGGCUGGGUGCAUCCGUAGGUCCCCCUGGGUGACGAUGAACCCCAGGAAGGAGACUGUCUCUGUGUGGAACACGCACUUCUCCACCUUGAAGUAGAGCUGGUGAGGGAGAAGGCGUUGGAGGACCUGCCGAACGUGCUGCUGGUGUUCACUAAUGUCCUUUGAAAAUAUUAGUAUGUCAUUCAAAUACACGAAGACGCUGUAGUCGAGGAGGUCCCGGAGCACGUUAUUGACCAACGCCUGGAACACCGCAGGCGCAUUGGCUAGACUGAAAGGCAUGACUUGGUACUCGUAAUGCCCACUGGGUGUGUUAAAAGCCGUCUUCCACUCCCGAAUCCUCACCAGGUUGUAGGCAUUUCGUAAGUCCAGCUUGGUGAAGACCGGGGCUCCCUGCAGCGACUCGAAUGCCGUCGUCAUCAGGGGGAGUGGGUAGCGGUUCUUAACCAUGAUGUCGUUGAGCGCCUGGUAAUCAAUGCACGGCCGCUGCCCACCGUCCUUUUUCCCCACGAAGAAGAAGCCCGUGCCCGCGGGUGAGGUAGAUGGGCGGGUGUGACCCUCGACGAGUGUCUCGUCGAUAUACUCCCUCAUGGCCAGCGUCUCCGGCCGGGACAAGGAAAACAAUCGCUCGUGUGGGCAUGGCGCCCGGCAGGAGAUCGAUAGCGCAGUCGUAUGGCCUGUGAGGAGGUAGACCCUUGGCUGCCUCUUACUAAACAUCUCCCCCAGAUCCCAAUACUACUGGGGAACGCCUGCCAGGUCUGGGCCGGUGACGGAGUCUGUAACCGCCGUCCUCCCGGUGGGGCGGUAGGCGGUUCGGAGUGGGGGACCUUGGGAAGAGGUGAGGACUGGUAGGUGGUCUGGGACGGUGGUUUGGGCUGAUGAGUAUCCGGGGUUUGUGGGCGACCAGCCAGGGGUGCCUGAGGACGAGGGGACACUCCGGAGAAUCCACAAUGAAAAACUGGAUAUCCUCCCAUAGCCCCCCUGCCACCCAGACACGCACGGCGACAGUGCACCGGGUGAUGAAGCCCGACCCCAACGGCCGGCCAUCCAGGCCCAUGACCGGACCGGCUCAGAGAGGGAGAGUAACGGAACGCUCCACCCUUGGGCCAGACCCACGUCCAUCAGGUUUCCCGCGGCCCCCGAAUCCACCAGUGCAUGUGCCCGACGCGCAGUGCGGGCCCACUGAACCCUGACGGGGAGUAAUGUCCGGGAGUCUCUGGGGUUGGGGUUUCGGUUCCGGCUAUUAGCGAGCCCUCCCGUUUUCCGGCUUCUCCGGGCAUGAGUCGCAGUGUUAACCUGUCUGGCCGCAGUACAGGCAACGUCCCUGGCACAGACGUCUCUGCUUCUCCAUCCUGGACAAGUGCGCCUUGCGUCAUCCCUCUCUCGUGCGCCCUCUCACGACGCCGAUUGUCUACCCGCACUGAGAGGUCGACGAGGCCGUCCAGUCACUCAGGCUGCUCCCUGAAGGAGAGUUUGUCCUUCAUCCCCUCCGAUAGCCCCUGCGCGUAAAGGACGACCAGGGCGGCCUCCUCCCAUCCUGCCUCUCGAGCCCGGAUCCGGAACUCCACGGAGUAGCCAGCCACCGAACGAUCACCCUGCCGACAGGCCGUGAGCCGCUUCCCAGCCUCGUGCCCCGACACCACCCGAGAGGUGUCGAACACCUUGCGUAGCUCCUGGGUGAAUUGGUAGGAGUCGGAGCAUGCCGGAGUUUGGCUCUCCCACUCCGCGGUAGCCCAGGAAAGGGCCCGACCCGUCAACAGAGUGAUAAUGUAGGCCACCCGGCCCUGCUCCGUCGGGAAGGAGGAGGGUUGUAGGCUGAAUACCAGGGAACACUGGGUGAGGAGUUCCCUGCAACCCUCUGGACGUCCAUCGUACCGCUCCGGAGGUGGUAGGCGGGGUUCCCGCGUUGUCUCAGGCGAGACUGGAGAUGCCGCGGCUUCCGCUGCAGCGGCACAGGUCCUAAUCCAGGCACUUGUCAUCUCCCGUCUGGAUUACUGCAACUCGCUGUUGGCUGGGCUCCCUGCCUGUGCCAUUAAACCCCUACAACUUAUCCAGAACCCUUCCCAAGUUCUCUCAUGUCACCCCGCUCCUCCGCACACUCCACUGGCUUCCAGUUGAUGCUCGCAUCUACUACAAGACCAUGGUGACCAUGGUGCUUGCCUACGGAGCUGUGAGGGGAACGGCACCUCCUUACGUUCAGGCUCUGAUCAGACCCUACACCUAAAUGAGAGCACAGUUCCCGCUCAGCCCAGUCAAAGCUAUUUGCUGCUCUGGCACCCCAAUGGUGGAACAAGCUCCCCCACGACGCCAGGACAGCGGAGUCACUGACCACCUUCCGGAGACACUUGAAACCCUACCUCUUUAAGGAAUACCUGGAAUAGUAUAAAGUAAUCCUUCUACCCCCCCACACCCCCCAUAAAAAAAGAAGAAAAAAAAGUGGUUGUCCCACUUGCUAUCAUAAGUUAAAUGCACCAAUUUGUAAGUCGCUCUGGAUAAGAGCGUCUGCUAAAUGAUGUAAAUGUAAGUGGUCUGUUGGUUUAUUCUGUCCAGUGAUGCCAAUUUAGCGACUUUGUUGUUAUUUUUAGCGAGUUUUCAUACCCCUCCAGGGACUUUCAUUGGUGAAAGAUUCUAG